GAAAGAUGGCGGCGCCCCGAAGGGGUUCUGAUACAAAUGGCGAUUUUAAUUGAAAUUUAAAAGCCGUACAUUUUUCAUCAUGGAGGACGAAUGGGAAGAAGAGGAGCAGCUCGUUGUGGUCGAGUUGUCAGGAAUAAUCAAUUCAGACUUUUUGACACAAUGUGACUGCAAAUGCAAAAUUCUAGGAAUGGACUCCGAACAGCCAAUGAUGCAGGUUGGACGAUAUGUGUUUGCUGGGGAGUAUGAAGAUGGCCUCGGCACUUGCGUGAUCUUUCAAGAAGAGCCAGGGCAUGAUACAGAAUCCGGCGGCACCCCGGAGCUCAAAUACAUGUGCCACACAGCAAAGAAGUUGAUGAUGCAGCGCACAUUUCUGUCAGAGAAGAAGGAGGGAGAAGCAAGCUCAGGUGGUAUUGAAGUGCUGCAGCUCAACGACAGAGAAUUCACGGGCCGGAACAAUACGAUCUGCAAUUUCCUACACGAACCGAACGAGACCGGAGGCGAAUCCCGCGACGAGGGUGACAGGGACAGCGGGGCAGGGCCUGACCCGAGCUCCGGAUCCGAGGCGUCCGAUUCGGAGCAGGCGGAGCUCAGCCGGGACCCAGCUGGUCCGCCUUUCUCCCAAAGGGACCCUGAGGAUGGCAUGGACACACUGGACAACAGUGUUGCUGGAAAAACAUGACCAAUGCCGACCUGCAAACAGCCCAUGGCAUUGCAUCUCUGCAUAUAACCUUUUAGUUAAACAUAUACUACUGCUACCAAAUAAGGAAAUGUCUUGAUUUUUCAUAAAGUUUGAAGUGCUUUAGUGUCUUCUUUGUUAAAGGCUUUAUACUGUAGGACAAUGCGUUGUUUUGUUUAAAAAAUAAAGAAAGCUAAGAAAGAA